AUGUGUGCGAUCAAACAUUUCGCGGAAGAUAUCACAUCAGUUUACGUUUUCAUCGGACAGGUCCAGCUGCCUAGCGACGCGUGUUCAUGGCAAUACCUGAUACCGUCUACUACAUCUCCCAUACCGUGCAUUUUGCGUUGCUGUCAGCCUCCCUCGAUGCAAAAGGGGGGUGCGGGCCAGCGAUCCUCUGCCAGCCUGGACGCCAGUUUCCGUAAGCUCGAAGAACCAACCGCGGGACCAUACCUACAGCGCUUGGGUGCGGCUGUUCGUCCGUUGUUUCGUUCACGCUACAGAAUACACGACGAAUAUGGAUGGAGUCAAAGUCGGCCCGUUCAAGAACCAAUCCUUGCGGCAUGCUAG